AUGGCUCGCCGGCUCGUCCGAACGGGCGUUCAGCUCGGGCUGUUCGUAACCUUCGUGCUUCUUGUCGUUGUUUUCCUCGAUAAUCGCUUCCGUGUCCUCCCUGCGUCGAUCCAUGGCCACCUUCCCAUGCACUAUUCCGGCUUUGUGAUCACGGAUGUCACCAUUACACAAUGUUCUUCAAUAAAUCCCUUCUCGAACUGCAGGCUGGACCCGGAUGCCUGGGCGCGCAUCGACAAGGAUCUCUACCUGCGUUCGGGCUGGACCUCGAGUGCCUAUAUCCAGUUUCAGCGGAAGAAGGAAGAAGAUCUGGGCCCAGAUGACAAAGUCGUCAUCGAUCUUAAAAUCAGCCGUCUGACCCCCGAGUCAGACUACACUGGCAAAGGAGAAGUCCAGGCGUGGGAGCCACGGCCGGGGGGUAUCUGGUUGAAGCGGACGGCCGCGCGCCACGCCAGCGACUCCGAGAAAGCAGUGACAUAUGUUGAUGUUCUUUUUGGUGCUGAUGCUGUGGACCCUCGCCCUAAUUGGGAAGUCAAGGAUACCCCGUUGCUGUUGGAUGGAUGGACGGAGAAACUAGAGACUCGUCUCAGUAUUCGGCGUGGAAACCCAACUAAGAGCAAGAAACCCAUCCCUCGAAUCAAUGAAAACGGAAAGUUCAAGGUUAUGCAACUAGCGGAUCUCCACCUGAGCACUGGGUUGGGUGACUGCCGAGACCCUGUCCCCGCCGAGUCGGUGCCUGGACAGAAGUGCGAAGCCGACCCCCGGACAUUGGAGUUCGUGGAGCGGCUUCUUGAUGAAGAAAAGCCCGAUAUGGUUGUCUUGACCGGCGACCAGAUUAAUGGAGAAACUUCUCCUGAUGCCCAAAGUGCUCUGUUCAAGUCCGUGCAACUUUUAGUUGACCGCAAAAUUCCGUACGCUGCCAUCUUUGGCAAUCAUGACGACGAGGGCGAUCUCAACCGAGCCCAGCUCAUGGCCAUGUACGAAGACCUUCCUUACUCUCUUUCAACCGCAGGCCCCGAAGACAUUGACGGUGUCGGCAACUAUAUUGUCGAAGUUCUUGACCGGGGCAAGAGUACACACUCCGCCCUUACUUUCUACCUACUUGAUACACACGCCUAUUCCCCUGAUGAACGCCAAUUUAGAGGCUAUGACUGGAUCAAACCGAGUCAGAUUCGUUGGUUUAAGAACACCGCUCAGAGUUUAAAGAGAAAACACCAGGAAUAUUCCCAUAUUCAUAUGAACAUGGCGUUUAUUCACAUCCCAUUACCCGAGUACCGGACCUCCGGCAAGUACUGGAAGGGCGAGUGGUCUGAAGCCCCGACGGCGCCUGGAUUCAACUCAGGCUUCAAGGACACCCUAGAAGAAGAGGGUGUCCUCUUUGUCAGUUGCGGACAUGACCAUGUCAAUGACUACUGCAUGCUUGAACAAGAUUCAAACGAUAAGCCAUCCCUCUGGAUGUGCUACGGUGGUGGUGUCGGCCUCGGCGGCUACGGUGGCUAUAAUGAUUAUGUCCGACGAGUUCGCUUCUUCGACUUCGACAUGGGGCCCGGUCGUGUUACAACAUACAAACGUCUAGAAUGGGGUCAAACGGAAGCCAAGAUCGAUGAGAUGAUGAUUGUCGACGGUGGUGCUGUCGCCGGCCCGAAAGACUCGUCCUAA